UUGUGUCACCAUUAAACGAUCAAUUCUUACGUACGUUGAUCAAUUUUAUUAUACUUGUAGUUGGGAAAUCGUUGCGGGCAGUCUUUGAUCAUGGCAAGGUCGCUGUAUUCAGAGCAUUAUAUAGCCGGUGGUGAGGUGUCUUGGUGUUGUUGCUCGUUUGCAUAUGACUGAGUACAAUGCUGGUGUUUGUGAUGAUGGCAGCGCUCGCAGCCGCGGAGCAGCAGGACCCAGCGGCACAACAGAUCAUCCUGUUCAAAGAGAAGACUUCGGGUCCAGUUGGUAUAAUGACCACAAGCGCCGGAGCGCCGGUUCCGUAUAGCGAAGCUUUAAAUACACUUAAUACAAGACUCAUCUUUAACGAAUAUUUUAUGGACACCAUGACACAUUUGGUUCGUGAAAGGAUUCCAGAACGCGUGGUUCACGCAAAAGCUGGCGGUGCUUUUGGAUAUUUUGAAGUAACGCAUGACCUUUCACAUAUAUGCAAAGCAAAGUUAUUCAGUAGUGUUGGGAAGAAGACACCGGUUGCGGCGAGGUUCUCACCGGUUGUCAUGGAAAGAGGCGGUAGUGACACCUCCCGAGACGCCCGAGGUUACGCCGUUAAGUUCUACACAGAAGAAGGAAAUUUCGAUAUUGUGGGCUUCAGUACUCCUAUGUAUGUCUACAACGAUCCACGUCUCUUCCCUACCUUCGUUCGUGCGCAGAAGAAAAACCCAGCCACAAAUCUUUUCGACGCUAACACUUUUUGGGACUUUUUAACACUGCAACCUGAGAGUAUACACAUGUUCUUAUUAAUAUUUGGUGACCGCGGUAUUCCGGCUAGCUAUAGAAAUAUGCCAGGUUUUGGUAUCCAUACGUACCAAGUUGAAAAUGAGAAAGGCGAUAUACACUUCGUCCGAUUCCAUUUCACACCAGACGCUGGAAUCAAAAACUUAAGAGCAGAGGAGGCCAGGAAAAUUAGCGCUGAGGAUGCAGAUCACCUCACUCGAGAUUUGUAUAAAGCGAUUGGAAAUGGUGACUUUCCAAGUUGGACUGUUAGUGUACAAAUUUUAUCGGUCGAUGAUAUCAAACAUGCUGGUUUUAACGUGUUCGAUGUCACUAACACUAUUCCUCUAGACCAGUAUCCUUUAAGACAAGUAGGAAAAAUGGUUCUUAACAAAAACGCGGUAAACUAUUUUGCAGAAAUAGAACAGUUAGCGUACAGUCCGGCAAAUCUUGUUCCUGGUAUACUUGGUGGUCCAGAUAAAGUUUUUGAAGCUCGACGCUUAGCUUACAGAGAUGCUCAGUACUACCGCUUAGGAGCGAAUUUCCAUAAAAUACCAGUAAAUUGUCCUUUCCGUUCCCAAGGUAUGCAAGUAUAUAACAGAGACGGUAGAGCUCCUGUUAAAGACAAUGGUAAAGAUAUACCUAACUAUUUCCCGAACUCUUUCAACGGCCCUGUUCCAUAUGAUGAUAAAAAUAGGAUACCAUUGAUCGAAAUCAGAGAACCAGAACCUAAUAAUUAUAGACAGGCAAGUGAACUAUAUAUGAACGAAAUGACAAAGGAAGAACGAAGUAGGCUGGUCGAAAAUAUACUGUACAGUUUAGGAUCUGCCGCCAGUUUUCUUCAAGAUAGAGCAAUCAAAGUUUUCAGUAACAUCCACUCUGAUCUAGGUUAUCGAAUAGAGCAAGGAUUAAGGUCAAAUACUACUAAACAAUAUCAAGGUUCCUCUUAUCCUUAUUAUUAAAUUUAAACAUUAUUUAUACUUAGAUAAUAUUUAAGUUAAGUAUUUAAUUUAUUGUAA